AUGAAGGAACAUGGCGGUAAAAUGUACUAUGCAAGUACACAACUUAUGAAGCCAGAGAAAACAGGGUACAUGCCGGAUUUUGAAACACAAGACCUGUCAAAAAAUAGAGUCCAUACUACCGAUAGAUUACACGAUAAAAUAACCCUAAUGACAUUUGCUCUGACACAGUUCGGUUUGGAUCAUACAAAAACAUUUGCAAAUCCGUUCUGGGAAAAGUAUGGAAACAAGACAAAGGAUAUUCAACUCUUAGAGAUUAUCGUAGAAGAAAAUGUAUUGAAGCAAUUUUUAUUAAAAGCAUUUGUAACCAGAGCGCUUAAAGGCUUGCCAAAAGAAAGACAAGACAAUGUUCUCUUGCUUUACAAGGAUAUCAGUAGAGUCAGACCAUAUCUCGAUAUGACCAACAAGCAUAUCGGCUAUGUUUAUUUGAUAGACGAAAAUUGCAAGGUGCGCUGGACUGCCCACGGAAAUGCAACACAAGAAGAAAUUGGAAACAUGUUGGCCAUGACGGAUUAUCUUUAUCAAAAGAGGCAACAGUAA